AGCGAUGGAGCUGACAAUAAUGAUAUGAGAUAACUGAACAGUGCAACGUUACUUUACAGAUUUUUGUGUGUCUGAAGCUGUUAAAUCCCGACAAAGUUUAACAUCUCCAAUUUGCCAACUUCGCCUUCGUCGCCACGUCUAAGUAAAGUGUUUUAUUAAUAUUCAGUGUCCUUCUGUGAGACGAGAAAGCGACGAGAGCCAGUGGAAGAAGAAUUGCUUUUAGCCAGUCAUUGCCAUGGCCUCCGAAAGCGGCGAUAGCAACAUGGAUAGAGAAAUGAUUCUGGCCGACUUUCAGGCUUGCACUGGAAUUGACAACAUCGCAGAGGCAAUCACUCUGUUAGAACUAAAUAACUGGGAUUUAGUGGCAGCCAUCAAUGGAGUGAUACCACAGGAGAAUGGGAUCUUACAAAGUAACUUUUCCAGUGAGGCGAGCCAGGCCAGCAUGUACGGACCUCCUAGCCAAUCAGAAGCAGCCGAUGCAGCAGCUGGAGGUUCAGUUCCUCCCCCUUCUUCUUCGUCAUCGUCCUCCUCUCCUCCAUCAUCCUCAACUUCAGCUUUUUGCCCAGUCACCCCCACCUCCCGACACAUUGUAGAGCGUCAGCCCCGGAUGCUCAACUUCAGGGUGGAGUACCGGCAGCGGUCUGUAGAGCUGGUGCUGGAGGAAGGCAGCACAGUUGGAGAAAUCAAACAAAUCCUUGAAACAGAGCUUGGAGUUCCAGUGUCCAAAAUGCAGCUGAAGGGUUGGAAGAGUGGAGAUGUAUCUGAUAGUACGCUGCUGAGAAGUUUACACCUGCCCAAGAACAACAGCCUGUAUGUCCUGACACCAGACAUUGCCGCUACUGCCAGCACCAGCAAAAACAGUGGUCUCCAAGAGUCGUUAAACCAGAACUUCCUGCUGGUCAUCAGUCACCGCGAGGCCCAGAGGGACUACAGCCUCAACUUCCCCGGCUCCAGAACCAUACAGGAGGUGAAGAGGAAUAUUUCAGACUUGACCAACAUCCCAGUCCGGCAUCAACAGUGGGAGGGAUGGCCUGCGUCAGCAUCUGAUGAUUCUAUGACACUAGCUGUCUCUGGAAUCAGCUAUCCUUGCCAUCACCUCAGUGUUUGUCGGAGGUCCUCACCAGCCAAUGCCCAGGAGCCCACAGAAGAGUGUGCAGAUGUCCAUAUGAUCAGCGACAGUGAGGGGGAUGAUUUUGAGGAUGCGUCAGAGUUUGGUGUGGACGAUUCAGAGAUGUUUGGAAUGGGCUCCUCAAGCUGUCGGAAAUCACCCAUGAUGCCAGAGAAUAGUGAGAACGAAGCUGAUGCCUUACUGCACUUUACUGCCGAAUUUUCUUCAAGGUAUGGAGAGACCCACCCAAUGUUCUUCAUUGGGUCUUUGGAGGCAGCAUCUCAAGAGGCCUUCUAUGGCAAAGCCAGAGAUAGAAAGCUGCUGGCCAUCUACCUCCACAAUGACGACAGUGUCCUCAGCAACGUCUUCUGCUCCCAAAUGAUGUGUGCUGACUCCAUUGUCUCUUACCUGAGCCAGAACUUCAUCACAUGGGCCUGGGACGUCACUAAAGAAGCUAACAAAGCCAGACUACUCACCAUGUGUACGAGGCACUUUGGAAGUGUGGUGACGCAAACUAUACGAACAUACAAAACAGACCAGUUCCCCCUGCUCCUAAUAGUCAUGGGCAAGCGCACGUCCAACGAAGUUCUAAACGUUAUUCAAGGCAAUACGACAGUGGACGAGCUGAUGAUGAGGUUAAUGGGAGCAAUGGAGAUCUUCACAGCACAACAGCAAGAGGACAUCAAAGAUGAGGACGAGCGUGAGGCAAGAGAGAUGGUGAAGAGAGAACAGGACGAGGCCUACCGUCUGUCUUUAGAGGCUGACCGUAAGAAGAGAGAAGCCCAAGAGAGAGAAGAGGCCGAGCAAGUUCGCCUGGAACAGAUGAGAAAGGAGCAGGAGGAGGAGAAGGAGGCAAUCCGCUUGUCAUUGGAGCAGGCCCUACCGCCAGAGCCCGUCGAGGAGUCUGGAGAGCAAAUCAGCAAACUGCGAAUCCGCACACCAAGUGGCGAGUUUUUGGAAAGGCGUUUCCUGGGCAGCUGUAAGCUCCAGGUCCUCUUCGACUUUGUGGCCUCCAAGGGAUACCCCUUUGAUGAGUUCAAGCUCCUUACCACCUUCCCUCGUAGAAAUAUCACCCAGUUGGAGCCAGGGUCGACUCUGCUGGAGGCCAAGUUGUUUCCACAGGAGACGCUCUUCCUGGAGGCUAAAGAAUAGGAACUGGCCCUCUGGUAGCUGAGAGGACCGACUGAUUGACUGACUGAUGAACUGGCUGGACACACACUAGUCACCGAGCAUGGCCCCCCCCCCCCCCCCCCCCCAAUCCCCAACCCAAUCCCCAACCCCCCCAGUCUGGGCCUACAGUACAUAUAUACACACACACACACACUCACCGAUACACAGUCCUCUCUCUCCUCUCAGACAUACAUAAAUACACUGGCAUGCACAUCCAGUGACACAAAAGUGCAAGUAAGCUUCUCUGCCCUCGGCCUGGUCGUGGUACAUGAAUGCCUAGUGUACACGUGUUGCACAGAGGAGCAAAGACAGUAUCAUAAGCACACAGCCAAACAUUCACCUCACCCAAACCUCUCUCUCUCUCUCUCUCUCUCUCUCUCUCUCUCUCUCUCUCUCUCUCUCUCUCUCUCUCUCUCUCUCUCUCUCUCUCUCUCUCUCUCUCUCUCUCUCUCUCUCUCUCUCUCUCUCUCUCUCUCUCUCUCUCGUUCUCUCUUUCUCUCUCAACUCCUCUCACACACUUAACAAAUUCACGUUCCCAACUGCUGUCAUGGUUUUUCUCUCACAACACAAACACAGUACGACAACAGCAUUGAGAGACUGAGUAGACAAAUCUUUGUCACAGUAAAAAAAAAAAAAAAAAAAAAAAAAAAAAACAAGGACUUGGUCCCCCUUGUUUCCACAUUCAACACACCAAGGCUGCUUUUUUAGAACAUGGUUUUUGUGUUUGAAAUCCAAAAAAAAAGCUAAAAAAAAAAAAAAAAAAAAAGAAAGAAAGAAAAAUAAACAGCAAGAAGAGAUGUUGCCCUGCAGAAGUCUGGGCCGUCUCAUCUCCACCUGUACUUACCCCCUUAACCCUUCCCCAGCUCUACUUCCCACCCCCUCCCUACCCUCCCUUGCCCCACCUUCCACCCCUGCACCCCUCUAUCCGCUGUCUGCCACGGGGAAUGGGACUUGGUGGGACACCCACAGCAUCUGCUGUGCCUCUUCAGUCUCCACUCCCCCUGGUUUUAACAUCCACUGCUCCACAAGCCAAUGGAUUGCUCAGUUUUCAGGUUUUUCUUUUCUUUUUUUUCUCUUGAUCCUUUUUAAGUUUGAUGCUGUAUUAGUUUUAGUUUGAUAUACAUUAUAUAAAAUAUAUGAAUAUGAACAUCAA